AUGCAUCGAUCCAAGUUGUAUCUCCUCUACUCCCUCCCCUUUGCACUAGCACAGACUGUUCUGGGCGUCACCUUGGACACGUAUCCCACCGGUCCCCCUGGCCCGAACGGCAACGCCGUGGCUACGGCGCGAAUAAACUUCGACCUUGUGGGUGGCUUCAGCAACCACCCGGUGCAUUGUGAAGCAGUUGGGCCCGAGACCUGUAUCCCAAGGGGUAGAAACCUUACCUCGGGAUAUACCACGAUGUUCCGGUAUCGUCCGAGUGAUCCAUGGGAUAAGCUCACUCUUCGGGAGACCGCGACAUGCGGUACAGAUCCGAAGCAGGUAAGCGGAGUAUUGUUCAAGGGAGAAGUGACUGCCAACUACCUUACUUUGUCACGAACCGGGGUUAUCGACCGGACCCACGUCACCCACCCCCGGGAGGCAGCAACAUCGAGGAAUGGACAAGGACGUACUUCUUACUACGAUGAUGGCCAUAUUGAGGGAAGCUUUAUACUGGUUGACCCAGCGCCAUUCACAAACUGCAACUUGGGCGCGCCUACUUGGGAAGUACACGGCUUCUCGGUCACCGACUUCCGGCUGGCCAGUCUUGCCAACAACUACACGGUCGGAUGCAGCGGUCAUAGCAAUCUGAGCGAUGCACCAUCCAACAACGAGUGGCAUAUAUGCGGCGUGGAUCCAGAGGAUGCGCCGUGGUUGCCAUUUACUAUGUUUCGCAUGGAUAGGCAGAGCCAACUCCUGAAGGUCCACCAGACUUGGGUGUGCAAUAGCCCAGAUCAUAACAUGUAA